AAGACGAGCCGCCGCUGCUCCGGAGACACACUGACGGACUAACGGGGCCGGAGCCGCCGAUCCGCUCACCGUGGGCCGUCAAUGGCCACAACAAAUCCCGGGAAGAAGACGUUGCCUCUGAGACAACCUGUGCACCAAAUGCGUCCUGGAAAUUAGGGCGCGCAUUUGCCGUGAAUUAGACGUUUUGUGCGUUGGCGACGAGGGAAGUUUCUGUGACCGAUUUGUGGGGAGAUCUUGAUUUUAUUGGCUGCAGUCAUGGACGAGGACAACCAAGUGCCAGAGGACCUGUCUCUGGAGGAGAGGGAUGAGCUGUCGAACAUCCGACGCAGGAAAAAAGAGCUUCUGGAUGAUAUUGAACGGCUGAAGUUUGAGAUUGCAGAAGUCAUGACUGAGAUUGAGCAGCUGACAUGUGUCGGGGAGAGCAAAACCACACAAAGAAACAAACAGAUCGCGAUGGGGAGGAAGAAGUUCAACAUGGACCCUAAAAAGGGAAUCCAGUUUCUUCUGGAGAAUGAUCUUCUCCAGAACACCCCAGAGGACAUUGCACAGUUCCUCUACAAGGGCGAGGGGCUCAACAAAACCGUCAUCGGGGACUACUUAGGCGAACGGGACGAUUUCAACAUCAAGGUCCUCCAGGCGUUUGUGGAGCUUCACGAGUUUGCAGACCUCAACCUUGUUCAAGCCUUAAGGCAGUUUCUGUGGAGCUUCAGACUUCCUGGCGAAGCCCAGAAGAUUGAUCGUAUGAUGGAGGCGUUUGCCUCCAGGUACUGCCAGUGCAAUCCCGGCGUCUUCCAGUCCACAGACACCUGCUACGUCCUGUCAUUCGCCAUCAUUAUGCUGAACACCAGCCUGCACAACCCCAACGUCAGAGACAAGCCCCCGGUGGAGCGCUUCAUCUCCAUGAACAGAGGGAUCAAUGAGGGCGGAGACCUCCCAGAGGAGCUACUCAGGAAUCUAUACGACAGCAUCAAGAGCGAACCCUUUAAGAUCCCAGAGGACGACGGCAAUGACCUGACGCACACGUUCUUCAACCCAGACAGAGAAGGCUGGCUGCUCAAAUUAGGAGGCCGAGUGAAAACCUGGAAGAGACGGUGGUUCAUCCUGACAGACAACUGCCUCUACUACUUCGAAUACACAACCGACAAGGAGCCUCGUGGGAUCAUCCCACUGGAGAAUCUCAGCAUCAGGGAGGUGGAGGAGCCCAGGAAACCUAACUGUUUCGAGCUCUACAACCCCAAUCACAAGGGUCAGGUGAUCAAAGCCUGCAAGACGGAGGCGGACGGCCGCGUUGUCGAGGGCAACCACGUGGUUUACAGGAUAUCAGCGCCGACGCCUGAGGAGAAGGAGGAGUGGAUCAAAUCUAUCAAGGCCAGCAUUAGCAGAGACCCCUUCUACGACAUGCUGGCCACCAGGAAGAGACGCAUCGCCAACAAGAAGUGAACGGGGACGAUCCUGUCAGCCUCCAGACCUCCAUCUUUCUCUCCUUCAGCUCAUAAACACACAAACCACACAGUGCAAAGCUGACUUCAGCCCUGAAGACAAACCUCAGUGUCUCCUCUGGACGGUCUACCAGUCCUGUGCUUUAGUUGGGGAGACAUCACUCACCGCUGAGGAACAGCAGAGCUCCAGCAAACUCAGAUAGUUGCACGGAGCAGCACAACAACCAUCCAGCCGGAUUGUUUCUUCACAUCUCACACACCCCCUACCUCCCCACUCAUGGUCAUCAGAAGUUUCCCAAAAGCACAACUGCCAUGUUUCAGGUGCACAUGCAUGCAUGUGGGUUACUAUAGACCAAUGUUUGUGUCUGUGUGAAUGCAGCGGUGUGCAUGCUAUCAGUGCACACAGCAUCUACAGUGUGGGUGCAAACAGUGAUGCAAGUGUUCCCUCCACUGUGCUUUAUGAAAAGGUUGUUGUAAUUCAAAAUCAGAGAUGUGCGGCCAUCUGCACGGAGCGACUUCUGGAGCCAGAAGACGGAGGUGGAGGUGAAUCGUGUCGACCGUGUCGUCAUCUCACUCUGGUGCUGGAUUCUUCUCUCCAGGUGCCUCGGCUGCUCAGAGCAACCUCAGAAGGAGCUGGCUGACCUUUAGGCUCCCAGUGCAGCGCUACAGUCUGGAGUCAGCUGGGCUGAUUUCAUUUAUUUGUUUGGAGCAGAGAAUUUUGAAAUGUGCAUACUUUUUUAUUUUGUUUGAGUAGCAAAGGUGCUUUUGCUGAAGCUUCCGAUUGAACUUGCUUUUUGGACAUGAAGUUGCAGUCCUUACGAUUCCAGCGCUGGCUGAUUUGGCAGCAUCGAUCAUUCACUUACAUCAAAUAGAACAAAAGAGCGGCCGGUUUGGUGUUCAGAGCAGCCCAGCAGCCGUUUAAAGAGCUGAAACUGGGCUCACGUGGGUUUCUGCCUGAAACUCUUCAUCGACCACCUGGUCUGGCAAAAAAUAAAAACAAUCAGCAGGUUUAGAAAAAGAGAAAUAAAUGUUGCAUGUGUGGCGUCUGAUUAAAGGCAGCAGAGAGCAGCAGAGAUGUCCGGUCACCAUGUGUGGACGACAAUCCCUUCAUGCUCAGCUCACACUGAGCUCAUCUAAACACUUCCAGCCACUAAACGUAUAGAAACGGGAUCUGACGUCAUUCUUAUCGUAAGGAUUAUAACUUUAAAAGCACUUUGGUCUCAGAAAGGCUUUCCAGCCUCCUGGGUGGGUUUUAUUUACGGCUCUGCAAUGGCCCGAUAGGUACCAGUCCAAUGAAGCUUUCAUUUUUUUCCUUCUCUUUUUCGUUCUUGUCUAUGGCCUAUGUCAGUGAAGGUCGGCGUGUUGUUGUGAUCCUGUUUGCAUUUGGUUUGUACUUCUAAAGAUUCUUGCUUGCGUUUGUGUUCCUCUUUAAGAAUUUCUAUAUAAUAACCAGCUAUCAUUUUUGUAUUUAUUUUCAUUUGUGAAACGGUUUAUUACUACCUGUAAAUGUUAAAACAACGUAUGCUUAAGUUAUGUGUGUAUAUAUGAUGUAUAGGUUUCUGGUCUCUUCGUUGUAGUAUGCACACUCUGUGUUUGAGCUGAGCAGCAGUUUGCAUCAGCAGAAGUUUGGGGUCUUCUUUACAAAAAAAGCCUUAAACAUAAUCAUUAGAAAAUCUAUGAUAUUGAUGAUUGUGAUAAGAAUAUUGGUCAAUAACUGUGACAAACCUGGUAAAAAGCCAUGACUGACGCGUGAGGAAGGUGGUUGUAUUAAAGAUACUGAUGAAGAUUAUGGUAAAAUAGAUGUGUGAUGAUGUACAGUGCUAUCAGUGAUGAUGAUGAUGAUGAUGAUGAUGAUGGUAGAAUUGAUAAUGAUGUCAAAAACACCAGUAGUUUUCUAUGUGAUUGUAAAAUAAAACGAAAGCCUUGUGGUCAGGGCACAAUAUUAUCUUCUACAGUUAACUUUUAUAUUCUCUGUGAAAGCUAUUGGUCACGUUGUACAUUACGUGUAUCUACAUAAAGUAUACAGAAAGCAGA